CCGGAUUGUGCCUGCUGGUGUAAAUUAAACUCCGUUCUCAGUAAAUUAGUACCUAAACCCUUUUCCGUUGAUUGGCUUGAAUUCGCAAUUAGCGUUUCAGCUGAACGGCAUUGAUUGGCGCUUGAAAAACGGAAGAAGACGCCGUUUCCUGAGGCACUGCGGAAACACGGAAGCAGCGCGGUGACGUCACGCGUUCACCCGAGGUCUUUUGCAGUAUGUGAAUCAAAACACGCAGUUUAUGACCCAGUUUUCUUUUUUUUUUUAAAUAAGGAGCAUCACGAAUGCAAAUGAAAUGAGUCUGAAAGCAGUCUGAAAGUCGUUAUGGAGACGUGCGUGUGGUGUAUCCAAGCAAAUGAAUCCAAUGAUGGCGAUGAGGCCGUCAAGGCGGUGCUACAGCGUUACUGCGCCGGUAAGAUGACGCCACAAGAAAUGCAAGAUGCUAAUAAAGACCUCCUGUAUUGCCUGGAGUGUGUGGCGGUGUACCACGAAGCAAGAGAGACGGUCCCAGCACUGCACCAGCGUCUUUGGGAAUUGGAGACAUCUCGGCUGCUCGAAGUGUUUCGGGAAAUGUUGGAGGUCGACGUGGACGAUCAUGACCUGUACUUUGUCGAAGAAGGCCACGAGUUACCGGUCUCAAAGUUUACAGCCGAAGAAUUUCUCAACCAGCUGAGAUUUGCGCUCAUGGAAGUGCUGAAAUAUCCAUACCUUCUGUGCCACCAGGAGCUCUGUCAAAUGGUGGUAAAAGUGUUAUGCAAAAUGGAGGAUAUGAAUAAUCCUCUACCAGUGCAUGAGCGCUAUCAGGGAAUUUACCUGCUCAUGGUGCACCCAAACGAAAAGGUGCGUCGCUGGGCAAUAGCGACUGCCAGGUCUUUGGGCAGAGUGGACAGAGAUAAUUAUUAUGAUCUUCAGGAGGUCUUCUCCUGCAUGUUCUACAUCAUUGAUUUAGGAAUUACUGUGGACUUCAUAAAUGUGGAUGACCAGUACUGCUCUGGCAAGCUCAAUAUUCUACCUCCACAUCUCUAUGACUCCAAAAAUAAGAAGCAUUACUGGCUAGGUAUCUGUAUGUUGCUGAUGCAGCUGGACUCGCAGGCCAUGGACUCUUUGUUAAUGGGGCCAGAAGGGCAAGCCAGCAUUCCUCAAUGCAUUAUCAAUACCAUGAAUGAUUGUAAUAAAGAUGACCCUGGAUCAGAUCCCUUCUGGCCCUCUUUGCACUGUUUCUUGGUCAUUCUAGACCGUCUUGGCUCGAAGAUUUGGGGUCAAAUAGAACCACUAGAUGCUUUCCAGGCCAUCACUAAAGCAAGCAGCUACAUGGCUGAAAUUGAAAAUAUCCGACAGAAAACUGCAGGGACAAGAGUGAAGGUAGAGCCUGAGAAUGAUGAUGACCUAAUAUCCUGUAGUCAAAUUGUCUAUGGCUGCUAUGCAACGGAGCGAACAAGUAGAUCAUCAGACUGGUCAUCUGGCAAUAAUGACACCAGUGGCAAUGAGAUUUUUGAAGAAAUGAGCUGCCUGGUUAAUGUUUUGCAGACUGAAAUGGGUCAAGGCAUGCGUGUAUACGGGAGCACCUUUCUUUGGUUCAUUCCUUUUGUUCGCUCGAUCAUGGAGUUGAACAUGCUUAAUAGCAUCUACAUCGGGGAAGUUAUUCACUAUCUGGAUAACAACAUCAACAUCAAGGAUUUGCUCUAUGGGCGGACACACACAUGCGAUAAAGUCACGGAGUUCUUCAUCCGCAUCCUUUUGGAUAUAAUUAAGCUGCACCUAAGUAAAGGCUGCAUGGAAAUGCUGUCUUAUUUUACCCAUAUAUGGGUAGAUAUCGUAAUGCAGUGUGCCACCCUUUCUGAUGACCUUUAUAAUGCCAGAGUUCAAGAUCGGAGAGGGGUCAGUUCACUUACUUCGCAUUAUGCUCGAGGGACCCAUAUGCCAGCAAUUGGUAUCGGCGCAAUGAGUCACGCUUGCAUUAAGUUGAUUCGCUCCAUCUUGAAAGAAGGGGGACGAACAGGAACAGUCUCAGAGUCUGCACAUUUUCUGGACCUAAUUAACAAACACUUACGUGUCUCUGCUAGAGGGUGGAAUCUUCCCAAACCAGAAUAUGAGAAUCUUAAGAAAUGCUUAGUCAAGCUUGUGAAAGCCAUAUCCGACAGGCCUGUUUCAAAUGAUGUUUUAUGUGCUCCACCAACACCACCAUCUGAUCCGUCAGAACAUGUCAUUUCCUUUACAAACUCCGCACUGCAAAUACCUCUGCAGCAGCCGCAAACCAAAGACGCAGAGGUUGGUCCAAGUGGCCCGAGAGAUACAGUUCAUUUUAUUAAGGAUGAACCACUGUUUGAUGAUGAGGAAUGUCAAAUUAAAUGUGACGAAAUUAAACCAAAGAACGAACCUCAUAAUCCAAUACCGAUUUCAGAAAAUAAACCUCCUUUUAAGAUAAGCCGGUUAACAGCAGACAAGGAAAAAAUGCAGGAAAUCAAAUCAAAGUUAAAUGAAGGUCAGAAUCUUUCCAGGAUACAAGCCAUUGCUAAGAGAAGAUGUGAGACUGAGGAUGAACGAGGUGAAUGCAGUGGCUUGAAAAAGAUUGAACAUUCUUCAGGUGUCAGCCCUCAGAGCUCUGAUCGCCAAUCUAAGGUCCAAGACUCUGCCUCACUUAGCAAGUGCAGGAAAAGGGAUUUAAACGACGAUGACGACCAGCCUCUUGAUGUUUUCAGGCGUCAGCUGAAAAGAUCUCGAAAGUCCGCUGAAAAGCAUUAUGCCCAACCGUUGUUCAGCAGUGAUGAUGAAUCUUCGAAUGACAAAACGGCAGUAGAAAACCGGGUAGUACCUGGUCCAUCUUUGGACUUUGAAUUUGCUAAGAGCCCAGGCCGUGUUUUUGAUGAUUGUAGUGACUCACAAGUAUUUGAGUGUGAAACCCAAGAAGACAUUGCAUCUGCCUGGGAUGAGCCGCACAUUGGCGUCCCAAUUGUGACCAAAAAGCAGAAACUUGGCAUUGAGUCCAAAGCAUGUGUUAUUUAUGAUCUGGAGCCCAUUGGGACUCAACCCAUCUCAGACCAAGACAUUGAGCAAGCCUGUGUGCAAGUGGAGGCUCAAAUCCAUCAGCACCAACAGCCAAAGGAACCAACUUCAUCCAGCAUGCAAGUGCCACCAAAACCAUCUUCUGAUGAGAAAUCUGGAUUUAUUCAGUCCAAGCACUCUGAAAAACACACUGAAAAACCUGGCCGAAUUGAUAAAGUCAAGCAACAGCUGAGCAGAAAACCUCCUAUAACUGAAGCCCCAAUUCAGAAAGCCAAGAAACAUUGCAGGCUACUUAAAGCCAUAUCUCUAGAGCCUGUAAAACCAUGUUCUUCCACAAUGGUAGCUUCAUCCUCUACUGCUUCCUCCUCGAGAGGCUCUUCUGUGCACUCUGUCGUGCGUUCACUAUCCAAACCUGCUAUAGUGCCUCCAAAAAAAGAUCGGGUACGUGUUGCACCCGAAUGUGCACCAGAGCUUUUAGGGUUGAAAAAGAAGGAAAGGAAAGCUUUUGAGCUUUCCCAGCGUUCCUCUACCAUAGUAGCUCAACUUCGAUCACAUGGCCAGAAUAUGAAUAUUGAGCAACAACAGAAGUCAAAAAGAGUCCGUCAAAAGAAGGCCGUUGUGAAGAAAGGGAAGAAGUUGCUUUCGUCACAAGAUUUGCAAUACUAUAGGCAGACUGCUGCUGUUGUCAAAUCAAAUAAAUGUCCUGUGCUAGAUACCUUUCCCAAAUCAAAAUCUGAAAGCAUGGAUGAGCCAAGCGACGAGGAAGAUGAUUACAAUUUCCUUCCCUGUUCUCAGCCCGACCCUGACCGAAGGAUAGACAGUAAAAUGGGUGUCAAUCAGGUCAAUACUAGUUUGUCAGAUAACAAAAAAGAAGUAAAUAAUAAGGUGGAGAAUCCUAAAAGUAAGGAGUUGAGCUCCUUUCAAACCAAUGCUGUUUGUGGUUCAACGGCAGAGGGUGCAGAAGCCAUAGAUGAAAACCAAGAUGAUAAUGAAUGGACAUACCUUACCCAAAACGAACCAACAGACAUGGAGUUAUGCUCGCAAAUGGAGCAAAUUGAGGAUUAUGGCAAGAAUUUAAUGAUUCAAGGCUGUGCACGCAUGGAAUCUGGCAACCAACCAAAUCUUUUUGAAGAAAAAACGAAUGAGCCUUUUAAUCCUGGCAACAAGCCUCAGAAAUCCAUUGAGAUGUCUACAAAUGACCAAGUGUUCGUAAAACCUAGCAUGUCGACAGAGGGUCCGAAAAAAACAAAGCCUUCGACGACGAAAAUCUACACAUCAAGUUCCCGCAGUGCCUCUUUGGCUAAAGAGAUUGGAAAAGUAUCGAACCCUCCACCUCCUGCUCAUGUUGCUAAAGCCAAGGUUGCAAGACCACCCCCGGCAAUGCCACCCCCGGCAAUGCCACUCCCACCUCCGAAAUCCACAACACAGCCCGAGUUUCGCCAACCUCUCCCCCCUAGACCCACCCUGCAUGCUCCGAAUCAGGCUUCCAAGUCAUCACUUUCUGUUGAAACUCCUGCUCCCUAUGUACCUUCCUUUAAAACCUAUUCCAGACCAGAAACGCCUGUAUCAAUACGAACACCAACUGUGGCUCGAGAUCGAAGGUCUGAACAUUCUCCAAUGUUCGAUCCAUCCUACCUGAAGCAGGCGAUUUUAAAGUGGGAGUACUGCAUGUUCGAGAACUAUACAGCGUUUGGGACACCCAAGGACUUGUGUCCAUUUCCCCUUAAGGAAGUGCCAACAAAUUUCUCUAACCACAAGGAGUACUUCGAAAUAUUUUACCCCCUAUUGCUUAUUAAUACGUUUGAGGAGAUGGCCAAUAAUUGGCUUACCGAUACCAGCCUUAAUCCUGAGCAGGAGAAGAGGCAGUUGUAUCCUAAAGAAGAAGACCUUGUACUCCUCUGGCUGCCGGCGAACGUAGGAGCAUAUGCGAACGACGAACCGGAUUCCACGGAGACGACUGUCCACUUUGGAUGCGUGUCGCGAUACACCGUGAUGAGCAAUGAAGGGCAGCCCUCCACUCUGAAACUUAUCAUUCAGACUCGUGGUAACGUGUCCUCUGUUAACACCCAACCUGUACGCUGUGAAGUGAUUGGCUCCCUGAUCAGUACGCUGCGGGAGUUCCGAGCACUGUGUAUGCUACAGAGGAGCAAGAUGUUGGAUCCAGUGAUCAAGCCAGACAUCAAGUAUUUUGCACCCUGCCAGGACAACCUCCCAAGCCUAGAUUUGCCUGAAUAUAAUGGAGACCAGGCCCGAGCAAUAAACUGUGGUGUUGCGAUGGUGAAAAGAAAGCAGAAUACCCCAAAGAUAUUGUUAAUACAUGGGCCACCAGGGACUGGCAAAAGCAAAAUCAUAGUUGGGAUGCUGCACAGACUUCUCUGUGAUGGCGCGAGACCUUCGAUGGGUCGCAACACCAAGUCUCACAGAACGAGAAUUCUACUCUGCGCUCCAUCUAAUGCAGCCAUUGACAACUUGAUGAGAAAAAUCAUUCCUGCCUUCAAAGAAAAGUGCUUGGACAUCAGUAAUCCACAAGGCACCUGUGGUGACAUCAACCUGGUGCGCCUUGGGAGCGAGAGGACAAUCUCUGAGCAGCUGAAAGGCUUUAGUCUCGACAGCCAGACCAGGAAAGCAUUAGAGAAGACGCAACAAAGGCCUGAUUUAGAAAAAGAGCGUGAGAAACUGGACAAGUUGAUUGAAUUGAUGUCUCAGGACUGUGCCAAGACGGACAAGAAAUCAGCCAUGUUUGAACAGCUGAAUUCCAAAAAGAUGCAUUACAUGAAGGAAAGGCAAAAACUCAGCAGACCACUAAAGGAGUAUCGUAAUAAAAAGCAGGAGGAGCAGUCACGUCUCAUACUUGAGGCUCAUGUGAUCUGCUGCACGCUGAGCACAAGUGGCAGUACCCUCCUUGAAUCUGCUUUCCGGCACCUUGGGCACGAACCAUUCAGCUGCGUCAUUGUAGAUGAGGCGGGACAAGCUAAAGAAACAGAAACAUUGAUCCCUUUGCUUUAUCGAUGCCAAAACCUGAUCCUAGUGGGCGACAACAUGCAGCUCACCCCCACUGUCAUAUCCAAGACAGCCAAAGACCUGGGCUAUGACCAGUCACUGAUGGCUCGAGUUUGGAUGGACCUUAAUCGCCAGAAUACACACCUGCCCUCUAGAGUCUUCCUUAGCGUCCAGUACCGCAUGCACCCAGAUAUUUGCAAGUUCCCAUCAAAGUACAUCUACGUCAAUGAACUGAAAAGUGACCCUGAGACUGCUAAUAAGUUGUGCUCAGUCUCCUGGCCGUUUGAGCCCUACAGAGUGUUUGAUGUGACUGAUGGAAAAGAAAGCAAAGAGAGAGAUUCAUUUAGUAACUUGAAGGAAGUCAAGCUGGUGGUGCAGCUUUAUAAGAUGUUUGGAGAGAACCAUGCCUUGCGCAAAGAGAAACAGCUAAUGCGUGUUGGAAUCAUCACUCCAUAUAACGCCCAGAAACAGCUCAUCAUGCGUGCCCUUGAACAGGAACCGUGCAAGAAAUUUAAAAAAUACAUACACGUGGAGGUGGACACGGUGGAUGGGUUCCAAGGCCGUGAAAUCGACUGCACCAUCGUGUCUUGUGUAAGAGCCAGCGAUGAAAAUGGCUCUAUCGGGUUUGUUGCUAAUCGUCAGAGGAUGAACGUGACGAUAACUAGAGCAAAGUAUAGUUUGUUUAUUCUCGGACAUCUCCGCACGCUCAAGGAGAAUGGCGAUUGGGGUGCACUGAUAGAUGACGCAGGGCAACGUGGGAUUAUAAUACCAGCAUCGGAGCCCAACUUUCAUGAGGUCACGAUUAAGGUGCUGAAACCAAAUCGACUCUCUCGUAGUUACUCACACCCUCCUCUCCAAACCUCUAUCCCCCCCCACUCUGAUUGGCAAAGAGAUCGAAUGCACAAUAGACCUAAAGACCCACGUCAGCCAGUGGAUUAUCAUCCAAGGAGAGAGCAGGACCGUGGAAACCAAGGUUUUACUCGCCCCAGGCUACCAAGUCACGGUGUUUCAGACUCUCGGCUACACCAAAGCUCUGCUCAUUUCUCUCGUUCAACUUCAGAACGAUAUCCCAAAAAUCACUAUUCGACCUCUUCAGGGUCAUCCAGGGCACACAGGAGAUAAUUUGCGUUUAUCUUUGCUGGACACUUAUUUUGCCUAAAUGACUCUGCAUUUCGCAGAAGCCCUCAAGUGUAAACGCGCUUCUAACGUGAGCUGAAGGAUUCGUGUACAGCGUCCGGUGUCUUCCUCUAGACAUUUUGACCAAAAAUGAUGUUAGCAUUGUACCCAAGAAAAUGUUAAUCGGUUUUAUUUUAGUCUUCAUGUACAGAAGUAAAAAAAAAUUUGUUAAGUUUGGUGUAUUUUUUUAUUUUAUUUUUUUAUACAAAAAUUCAUCACAAUCUAUGCCAGAAAAAAAAAUCUGUGCAUUUCGUAAUUUCUUUCUCUUCUAUACUUAAAUGCCCCUUUUAUGUGGAUAGUCUAAUUUGUAAAAAAACAAACAAAAAAAAAUCCCAACAAAUUUUAAGUACUCAUUUUUGUUUGCAAAGUCAGCAAACAGGAUCAACCUGUUGCUACUUUUAUUUCAGUUUUUAAUGUUUUCAAGAUACGCGGGAAAUAGUUUUAUUUUCUGCCGAGUUGAAAUACUCAUCAAAUACUGUGUCUCGAAAAUUACUACGAAAAUAAGGAACAUUCAUAUAAUGUUCUGAGUUGAUUAUUUUGCAAUUUAUUGUAUAUAUUUUAAGAAUGUGUCUUUUUGUAAUACAGGUUUUGUACAGAACAAUGUCUUAGCCCCCUCCUCCUGUUUUUCUUUUGAGGCAAAUGUCUGGAACGUUCACUACAUCCCAGUGUGCAUUCUGGCACAUUAGGUUGGAUGGAAUCGUAACUGUGGCUGGAGUGCACUUAGGAAUUGUUCUCUGCUCUCAGUACACAUGGAUGUAAAUCUCCAUUACUGUGAUGAAGUCCUAAAUAAACCAGGCUUAACAAAGUGCACUUUUCCGGCCAAGUAUUAAUGUGCAAUACUGUAAUAAACCACCAGAGUGUGUUUGUGUGCUACAUUAUUUGUAGACCAUGCAAGGUGAGAUUCUAGGGGGUGGGGGGGAUUCUAGAUUUCUAGAUUUUGACCAAGAAGUCUAUUACUUUACUUUAUCUGCAUUAAUCGUGUUUAACGCAUACUAAUAUAUAACUCCAUAUAUUUUCUUUAAGGCAUUAAGGAAACUCAGUGCUGGGCAUGUUGUCCUCUUGCUUUCAGUCAACUGUCUUUAGAUCUGCUUUUUCACUCUCGGGUCUUCUAUGUAAAGUAAAAAAAUAAAAUAAUUUAUUGACUGUGUGGCUGUCCAUGUUAAAAUGGCACACUGGCAUGUGUGACUUUAUGCCUGACCUGAUGCAAUAAACAUGUUUCCUUCUA